AUGUUGGCCGUCUCGGCUCCUUUCCCACAGUCCUUGCAGCAACACUUCAAUUCGGAGCCUGAGACAAUUCGCUCCAUUCACUCACAACGUCCCUUCCCACCCGUUGACUCAGGGAACCAGAUGCUGCCAAUCUAUCAUCCCUUCGUGGAUCAAACCGACACUUACCGACCGCAUAUAUCUACACUUGAAACCCAACAAAUGUCAUCGAGAAAGCCACCCCACGAAUCUUCUCUAUCACAAUCCUUCCUAUCCUGCCAGUACAAAACACCAACGUCACGCUGGAAAGCCCUGAUGGUGCGGGACCACCUGGCCACCAACGCAUUCGUCUACGCGGUCCUCACGACAAAAAUCUACUGCCGACCCGACUGCAAGGCCCGACUAGCUCGGCGAGCCAAUGUUGUCUUCUACGACACCGCCAAGGAAGCCGAGAAGGCUGGCUUUCGGGCCUGCAAGCGGUGCAAACCUUGCAGUUCUCCCAGGCCUCACAUCGUCCCAUCAGAAGGUCUCGACACCUUGAGCGCUGGAUCAUUGACAACGACACCUAGCGCACCAUCAACGACGAGCAGCAAUACACCGGUGACGACGAACGAGAACCCCAACACCCACAACUUGAGCAACGCCGAUAAUACCGUUGGUGCCGGCACUGUCUGUGACACAGAAGGUAAAGACGCAGAUAUCCGCACAAAGAUCCAUCACGCCGUCCAGCUCGUCCGCACCGCAGCCUCCAACGGCACCACGCUCAGCUUGGCUCAAUUGUCAGCACAAGUCGGUCUGAGUAAAUGGCACCUGCAACGCGUGUUCAAGCGGCUCGAGGGCGUGUCACCGCGUGAGAUGGCGGAGAGAAUGGUCAUGAAGAGCAGCAGCAGCAGCAGUUACAAUAGUACCGCCUAUCUCGGUAUGAGACGGGCUCAGCAAGAGGAGGCAAUCCUUGGAGCUUCUGCUCACGGCUGCGAAGCCCACACCACAUCGCAGAAUCACUAUUUUGGUCAUUGUGCCACAAGUCCUGAAGAGCCGUGGGACGGAACUAAUGGAGGUUCAACCCACGAACGCAUCGCUGGAGUGGCAGCAGCCCCUACCAGGCCGCCACGAGACGAGGCAACUCAUCUCGCAUCGUAUGGGAUCAUAUCCGUGCCUGGAGGUUCGGCUACAAACGGUGUCAAUGAUCUUCCCGGGGUUUGGGAUGGCGCCAUUACUGUUUCAGAACCCUUUGGAGUGAUUCCAGAACACGGCCUCGAUUGUCAUGGGCACAUGGAUAUGAACAACUACUUGGAUAUGGACGCAUAUGUGGAUUUCGACAUGGACAUGGACGACCUCCUAGCCGACCUGUUUCCAGAACUGUAUCGGGACAACAAAAGCAUAGUCUAUUAA